AUGUGGACUGCUGCCUGGUACCGGGACUUUGGACGUCACGGUCUCCAGCGCGCAAGUCUAGCGAAGCACUUACCGUUGAGAACGCUCGUGCAGCGGUCCAGGUCACGCACGACAGGGACGCAGCGCUUGGUACGGCGCCUGUCAGAUCUGCGUCUUGCUUCAGUUCCAAAUCCUAGCUACCGGCAAGCACAGUCGACCACACGUAUCGAAAGAUACCGCUUAUCACCCCUGCAGGCGGUUCGUUGUGGGGUAAGCCUUGUGAAGUACGCAACCGGCACUGCUCUCCGUAGUGCCUUUUUCCUGCUCUUUCGGUUUGCUAUGUUGCAGCUAGUUGCGUCUGGAAGCCAAUGGUCCUCGAACCUAAAUACGCAGCAAGUCGUUUUCUUCUCACGAGACUGGAGGGCGCAGCUGGAGUUUGUGAACUUCUUCUUCGGGGAGCUUUCUCUGCUUGCGAGCAAGGAGUGGCGUCACAUCCAGGCGGGAACGUAUAUCAUGCCAGCAGUGCCCACACGCCACUCACUGGACCUUGUGCCCAGACUGGUGGAUUUCAUUCAGAACCUGGGCGACUCGAUGAAACUACGAGAGGCGGGUAUCGUCGACGCUGUUCCGGAGGCAUUUCGUCUGAAUUCCUUUUACCCUGAGUACUACAAACAAAACUUUCACUACCAAACGGACGGUUACCUCAGCGCUGAAUCAGCGGCCCGAUACGAUUUUCAGGUCGAGGUCCUUUUCGGAGGUCUCGCAGACAUGAUGCGUCGACAAGCACUGGUCCCUCUACUGGGUUUCUUGCGCGCAGAGGUCUCAAAACGUACACCGAGUAGCAACGGCCAUCCGACCCUGAGCGUCUUGAAUGUGCCCUGCGGCCCGGGUGGCUUUCUCCUCGACCUCAUGGAUAACCUUGCUGCAGAUGAGCGUUUGCGCAACGUGAAGGUGACCAGCUUGGACUUGAGUCCGUUUUAUCUACAAAGAGCGCAGACUCGUGUGCAGGCACUCCCAGAGAGUACCCCGCGCAGAAACGCAGCGUUUGUCCAUGCUAAUGCAGAAUCACUGCCUUUCCCCGAUGCAUCCUUUGACGCGAUCGUCAGCAUAUACCUCUUUCACGAGUUACCGAUGUCGGCACGCGAGCGCGUUAUCGCCGAAUGGACGCGCGUUCUGCGACCCGGUGGAAGAAUCGUUUUCGCGGAUUCCAUCCAGACCGGGGACAAUCCACGGAUGGAAGCCGCCAUGAAUCGAUUUCGAGUGAACUACCAUGAACCGUACUACCUAGAAUACAUAGAAACCAACUUGCCCCAGCUUUUCAAGCAAGCCAGCGGCGGCCAGCUGUCCAAUCGUGAGCAAGACAUUUCGUUUCUUACAAAGGUUUGUGUGUUUGAAAAACAAGGUGGUAUUUGA